CGCCUGCGCAAGCUCAGACCCGGCCGGUGACAGCGCGGCCUUUGUCCUGCGGUUCAGCUGAACUGCCUGCAGAGGAACUGGCUGUUUCUGGAAGAGGCCAGAGAAGGAGGGAAUGACCGCUGGGCUCGUUGCUGCUGGGGCCCCGGAGCAAGUGACCUUUGAGGACGUGGUCGUGGACUUCACCCGGGAGGAGUGGGGGCAGCUGGAGCCUGCUCAGAGGACCCUGUACCUCGAUGUGAUGCUGGAGACCUUCAGGCUCCUGGUCUCCGUGGACCUGGAAACUAGACCCAAAACCAGACUGUCCUCUCCAAAGCAGGACAUCACUGAAGAAAGAGGCAGCAGUGGCCUGGUGGAAAGGUUCCUGUGGGAAGGUCUGUGGUAUGCCGAGGGUGACAAUGCCAAGGGCCACUGGGGACAGAGUCACGAGAGUCGAGACAGCCGCAUGGUGCAGGCAGCCUUCACGCCUGUGAGGACCCCCAUGCAGCAGCAGCAGCAGGGGAAUGGGUUUGGGGAAAACUUGAUUCUAAGCCCCCAUCUUCCACCUCAGGCGAUGACUCCUGAAAGGCAAGGCCUUCACAUGCCGGGGACACGCGUGAAGAGGGGGAAGCCAGACCCAGGGUUCAAUGCUCAACCAAAAACGUAUACAAAGGAGAAGCCCUACAAGUGCCAGGCCUGUGGAAAGGCAUUUAGUCACAGCUCAGCUCUCAUCGAGCACCACCGAACACACACAGGAGAGAGGCCCUACGAGUGUCACGAGUGCGGAAAGGGCUUCCGCAACAGCUCGGCGCUUACCAAGCACCAGAGAAUCCACACAGGCGAGAAGCCUUACAAGUGCACUCAGUGUGGGAAGACCUUCAACCAGAUCGCCCCGCUGAUCCAGCACCAGAGGACGCAUACUGGGGAGAAGCCCUACGAGUGCGGCGAGUGCGGCAAGGCCUUCAGCUUCAGGUCCUCCUUCAGCCAGCACGAGCGCACACACACGGGCGAGAAGCCCUAUGAGUGCGGCCAGUGUGGCAAGGCCUUCCGCCAGAGCAUCCACCUCACGCAGCACCUACGCAUCCACACAGGCGAGAAGCCCUACGCGUGCGGCGACUGCGGCAAGGCCUUCAGCCACAGCUCAUCACUCACCAAGCACCAACGCAUCCACACAGGCGAGAAGCCGUACGAAUGCCGCGCGUGUGGCAAGGCCUUCACACAGAUCACGCCACUGAUCCAGCACCAGCGCACGCACACAGGCGAGAAGCCGUACGAGUGCGAUGAGUGUGGCAAGGCCUUCAGCCAGAGCACGCUCCUCACUGAGCACCGGCGCAUCCACACAGGCGAGAAGCCGUACGGGUGCAACGAGUGUGGCAAGACCUUCAGCCACAGCUCGUCGCUCAGCCAGCACGAGCGCACGCACACGGGCGAGAAGCCGUACGAGUGCGGCCAGUGCGGGAAGUCCUUCAGGCAGAGCACGCACCUCACGCAGCACCAGCGCAUCCACACGGGUGAGAAGCCGUACGCGUGCGGCGACUGCGGCAAGGCCUUCAGCCACAGCUCGUCGCUCACCAAGCACCAGCGCAUCCACACGGGCGAGAAGCCAUACGAAUGCCGCGCAUGCGGCCGCGCCUUCAGCCAGCUCGCGCCGCUCGUGCAGCACCAGCGCGUGCACACGGGUGAGAAGCCAUACGAGUGCAGCUCGUGCGGCCGCGCCUUCAGCCAGAGCUCGCUGCUCAUCGAGCACCAGCGCAUCCACACGAAGGAGAAGCCGUACGGGUGCAACGAGUGUGGCAAGUCCUUCAGCCACAGCUCGUCGCUCAGCCAGCACGAGCGCACGCACACGGGUGAGAAGCCGUACGAGUGCCCUCACUGCGGGAAGUCCUUCAGGCAGAGCACACACCUCACGCAGCACCGGCGGAUCCACACAGGUGAGAAGCCCUACACGUGUGGGGGCUGCGGCAAGGCCUUCACGCACAGCUCGUCGCUCACCAAGCACCAGAGGACUCACACCGCAUAGGCUCACCUCACACUGGCCAGGAUGCUGCAGAGCCCGAAGCCCCAUCUCGUCCCUUCUGGACCUGACCCGGCCGUCCUUGACGGAAACACUGGUACAAGCACACGCGAGCCUGGGUGCCCGGUCGGCGGCCCGGACGCCCUCCGACCAAAGGGACGGACAUGACUGCGGGAACCCAGAGCUCUAGGUCGUCCAUCCCUGGACAGCAGGUUGGAAGCAGAAGGGGAACAUGGAGUUUGUUUGUGUUGAGGGCUUUGUCAUGAGUGCCCUCUAAUGCCACAUCCCAGAACCUACAGGAAAAAGGGGGACAAAACGUAGCCGAUCUGGAGAUGGCUUCUGUCCAAGGAUUCGAUAUUCCAAAAUAGGAUUUUCAAAGCAGUGAGAAACCCCAUAAAUGCGUUCUGUAUACAGGAACUGGAUACACAGAAUUUAUCAUUACUACGUGUGACGUUUUGGGGAGGGGUGCUUAUGGAUGGUGCAGGGUGGCUCUAAGUUCCUCUACAGGACUCACAGGCAUUAGAAAACACACAUGUUGCUGUUCCACAAAAAAGGGAUAUUUUUCCUUUGUUAAGCCACCGUCUUAGCAACAAUAGUGCCUCCACAUUGAAACCCUUACGUUUUGCAAGAUUUAUCUCUGUUGAGAAAUGUAUGAGUUAAUCUCUC